AUGUCGAUCAGACCUGUUUACCGGCCGAAAAUCGUAAAAAAAAGAACAAAGCCUUUUAUUAGGCAUCAAAGUGACAGAUAUGUUAAACUUAGGAGGUCAUGGAGAAAACCUAGAGGUAUUGACAACAGAGUUAGGAGACGAUUUAAGGGUCAAUAUCUUAUGCCCAACAUUGGUUAUGGAUCAGACAAGAGAACACGUCAUAUGUUAAGAACUGGAUUUAGAAAAGUUUUGGUACAUAAUGUUAAGGAAUUAGAAAUCCUUAUGAUGCAAAAUAGAAAGUUUUGUGCAGAAAUUGCACAUGGAGUCUCUUCUAAAAAAAGGAAAUUAAUUGUUCAGAGAGCUCAACAAUUAAGCAUUAGACUUACAAAUGGAAAUGCUAGACUUCGUUCUGAAGAAAAUGAAUAA